CACAUUCCAAGCAAAUCCAACCAUCACCAAACAUCUGCCCCCACAAGACUACAAAGAUAAUGGCAUUUGGGGGACACAAUACAUUCAAACCGGCACACUAUCUAUGAGCCGGCCAAGUUUUGCAUUUAUAGUAAAAGAAAUGUGGACAUGAAAGUGCUUUGAAAAACAUAAAGCAAGACACAAAGGUAAACACCACAUAAUUAGAUCUUGGUGCAAAUUUUUAUUGAUAGGGAUCAUUAUCAUUGUGUUCAAGGACAAAGAUUUCCCUGUGGUGUGCAACUGUGGUUACUGUUUGUAGAAACCAGGUGCUGGGGUGUGACUGUGCCUCUUAGACUCACAGUUUGCUUUUGCAAAUAGUCUAAGGUAAAACUGAGGAAGCUGCAGUCUGGAGGGUGGUGGAGACCAGGCCUAGAGUAUCUUCAAUGCAACAGAUGCUUAUUGAGAAGUUUAACAGCAAGGAACUGUGUAGCAGGGAUAUCAAGAUAAAGAAUAAUAACCCCUUGUUUGUGCCCAGCACAUAGUUUACCAUGGAUUUUUGAAAAUAUUUUCUCACCUAAUUCUUACAACCUACCUGUGAAAGAGGUGGAGAAAUCCCCAUUUUACACAGCAGGCUAAGUAGUGUCCUCCAUGUAACUCAGAUUCUCUGAUCCUAUCCCAGUGCUGAAUGGCAUGGCUGCCUCCCAGAUAGACAGUCCCUUCCCAUCAGGGCAUGCAGUCUAGUGGGGAAGCAGAUAUAGCGUUAUCAGUGAAGUCCCUAUUGAGCAGGUGUUCUUGCUGAGAGCAAACAAAGUAUAAGAGAAAUAGAGAGGAGGGUGAUUAACUUCUUCCUGGCCACACUCUCAGUCCUAAGAGCAGGUUGCCUCCUCUUCUGUGCUGUAUUUCUUCAAAUGCCAUAUGGCUUUUGUUGGUGCUAUCCUAAAAGGAAAAAUUUUCCAUGAAAUACCUCGUCUGCCUAUGGAACACCUCAUUUCAUCCCUCUUUAGGUUUUCCAAUUCUUUUCCUCUUGUCCCGUUGUUGCUGUGAAUGCCAUUCUCUGGUUCUGUAUUGCUGUGUCUAUUUUCUUGAGUCUAAAGGUGGAUCUUGGCCUUGUCAUCGCCCCUAACUAUUUAUCUCAGUCUCUCCAGAUGGAUCUUUUUCCUUUGCUGUAUCUCUCUCCAUCUCUCUUCCCAUCACUUCAUUUCUCCUUUUGUUCUCCUUCCUGCCCUGUAUCUGCUUCAGCUGAUAAGAAUUAUGGUUCUAAACAAAAUAACUUUUAUUUUCAGAAGAGUUUAAUUUUCUGUUAUCAUUUUAAAAAUAAAUGAGUGGUUGGAGGCCUCCAAGUUCUGUCUUUCAGUUCUGGGGCUCAAUAGAUGUUUUGAGUGUGAAUCUUAGUCAUUUUUUCUGUGGAUUCAUUUUUCUGCAUAAGAAGACAGUAUCCUUUGUCAAAGGUAUUUGAUCACAUAAUUUAAUGGCAUUCACUUGAGAAAUCUGAAAGUAUUUGAGAAGUAAAUACGGUACUUUCUAUUUAAGACUGGAGAAACCAGGAAGCCGACAUGGGAAUAGUCCCUGUGUCUGUUUUUCCUAAUGGCAUCCAGAGAGGGGCUAGAGUCAUGGAGGAAACAGAACAAAAAAGCAGGGUCAUCUACCUCAGUGGCAGCGGAAAUCCCUCUAUGGCUCUCCAAACCUGGGAACUUCAUAAAUUCCCAGUUCAAGGGGUGAGGCUCUGAUUUGGUAAAUAAGUCCUGACAUCUAGUAACCUCAGCUUUGCUCCUGAAACCCACACAAGAAGCAUAAUUAAAAACUCCUUAAAUCUCAACUUUACAGCACGAAGUAGUUGAAAUUGCCCUAAAAUAUGAAUCAGGAGCCCUGGGUUCCAGCUAGAGCCUUGCCACUUCAUAGGAUGACUUUGAGCAAGCCACUUUGCUAGUCUGGGCCUAGGUUUCUUCAUUCAUAAAAUGAAAAUAAUAAUAUGUUCAUUCUACCUCACUGGGUUAGUCUGAGAAUCAAGUAAGAUAAUACAUGUGAAAGUGCUUUGAAAAAUUAUAAAAUUACAUAUAAAUAUAAACUGGUGUUAAUAAUUAGACCAGCAUCAGAGCCCAGAAACUCCACCCCACAUUUUAUAUUUGUGAAUAAAUAAUUAGGAGCGGUGGUUAUUAUUCAUCAGACACUAAAAUGUGAAUAAUUAUUACUCUUUCCUUGCUUAUCAAGUUUGAAGGCAGUAAAAAUAUACUUAUUAAGCACACUGACCUGGAAGGCAGAAAGAACUGAGUUCAAAUCCCAACUCCACUACCAGCAAUGUGACUCUGGGCAAUUUUUAAAUCUCUGGGCAUUAUUUUGCUCAUAUAUCUAUGUACAGUGAGGAUAAGAGAUUUGUGGUGAGGCUUCAAUGAGAUAAUGCAUGCAAAAUGUUUGAUGUAGUGCCUGGCACAUAGUAAGUGCUCAAUAAACAUUAACUUUAAAAAGUGUCCAUUGAUGAUUGAGCUCUUGCAGUAUGCCAGGGAUAACUUAGGAUACAAAAUUAAAAGAUAUGGUUCUUGCUUUCAAAGAGCCAACAAUCCAGUGGGAAAACACAUACCAAUAAAAAGUAACAUGCUAACUACUCCAAUGGAAUAAAAAGUUUAGAAAAUGAACUUGUAAAUCUACCUGGUAGAGACAUGGAAACCUUAGAGGAGGAAACAUUUGAUUCUAAAGUUAAAGGGUGAGUAGGCAUUGGUGUACACAAAAGGUCUGUCUGGGGUUUUUUAUUUGGUCUUAUCAUUUGCCCACAGGGAUCUGAUCACUUGAGGAGCCAAAGUUCAUGUUCCUGCUUGUUGUCUUUAUGGUGGUUCAAUCUAAAUUUUCUGGUGACUUCACUGAGCAUGGUGUUGGAAAUUGAUUUUGCUCACUAUUUUCUAUACAUGAAUGAUUUAAUAAAGAUGCCUUAUAAGCUGUACAAACAACUUGUUAUGUAGGGGAUAGGCUGGUUUUCCACCACUUAAUAGUGUAAGUAUCCUUGGUUCAGAUUGCUGGCUCCUUUAAGGAGGGAAGACAGGAAGGAUUUGUAGUGACCACUUGUCUUCUCUCUGGAAAAGCUGGACAUGACUGGGACACAUGGGGGAAGAAAUACAAAGUGGAAUGCACAAGGAUUUGGUUUUCUGAAAAAAACUGCAAGUUUACAGAGAGCUGUUCUUUGUCCACAUGGAUGCAAAAAUAAGGAUUUUUUUUUUGGCCACAAAAUGCCUUAAUUUGCCACAUACCUUCCUUGGUCCCAAACUGAAGUGUCUUUAUCUAAUUUCACCAAGUAUAUUAGCAGUGAAUUUUGGAGUUAAGAGACAUUGUCCCAAGUGGAUGAAAUUUAUGACUUUUUUUUUAAUUUAAUUUUUUUUUUAUUUUCUACUAUCUUAAUGUUGGCUAAAUCUGUCAGCUCACCAGAAAGCUUAACAACUCACAGGAAGGUGUUAGAAGCUGGGUUCAUUCCAUGUUUCUACUCUGGUAACUGCCAUAUUAAAGUAAUAUAAUUAACAGCUAACAGGAAUCAUCUUCUACUUUAUAAAAGUCAUAGAAUCAUAAGGAUUUAGCCUGUCAUCCAGCCUCCUCAUUUCACAAGUGAGGAAACAGUGGCCCAAAGAGACUGAGCCCACCCAGAGCUAAGUUGUUCCAGAGUCGUCUUUUGGGACUUCUGUCAGCAUUUGGUAUGGUGGUGAUUUGAAGGGACCCACUGUAGUUUCAAUUGCGGUAGACAUAAAUGAAUUAUAUAUAUUUUUCCACAUCUGUUAGCCAAGGAAGGUACAGACCAAAACCAAGUAAAACUUGGAAGUUCCAAGAGAGAGAGAAGCUAGUGAUAGCGAAACUAUUGUAUUGGCCCAUGUGAUUGGUGCCAGAUGAAAAUUCCAGUCCAUUCAGAUUUUAGGACACCUGGCCCAAAAACAUUUAAAUCAAGAUGAUGUCGACAACAAAACAGUCACCAAGACUCUAGAUAGUAUCUUGACCCAAAAGCCAAGAGGCAGUACCUCAUCUACGGAAAGUCUGCAGACUUGAUAUUCCACCUUUUCCUGUAGGGAUGGAGAGGUAGUGCCGGAUUCUGUGGCAGGAUUUAAUGUUUGUGUGUGUGUGUGAAAGACCUUCCUCUCGAGAAAUUGCAGCACUCUGGCAGAACAUAGAAAAGACAUCUUUGGUCCACAGAAGACCAUUUCCAUAAGACUUCCGUUUGGAAGCAAGAGUGCUUGGUAGAAGAGCAAGGUGGGCAGUUGGUCGCCCACUCCUUCCUUCCCCAAAGAGGGACGCCCAGAGCACCAUUCGCAGCCAGCACCCUUGCCUGGUGCGUUCGCCCUGCCCUGCGUGGAGGAGUCCUGAUAGUAUUUUCCCACCUGGCUUUCUCCCCCCCUCCCUCCCACCGCCGUGGCCCGGAGCUGGGAGGGGAGGAAGGCUGAGGCCGAGACAUUUCGUCUGCCAGGCCCGACUGCGGGGGAGGGGGAGACGUCUGCGAUGACGGAACAGAAGCCCGGACGCCCGCAGACUCCCGGCAGGGGUGCCUGGAGCGCUUCGGCUCUUCCCGCCACUGCUUCGGCCGCGCGGCCGCUCGGGAGGCGGCGGCCACUCGCGCGCCCACGUUUCCCGUGCGCAGCACCCGCGGGCUCCGGACCUCCUCGGCCCCGGCAGCUGCUCGCCCGACGCCGCCGCUCACCCGCCCGCCGGCCGGCCGGGGGAACCCGGGAAACCCUCGGGGUCCCGGGGCGGCGGCGGCGAGACCCCGCCCAGCCGGCCAGCCCGCGCCUAUCGCGGCCGCCGGGCCUGGUCACGCGGAGAGCCGUGCUGCGGGCUCCAGGCCAGCGCCCGGCGGCUGCCGGAGUCGCGGCGGGCCCGGGCGGGGGUGGAGGGUGGCGGGUGGAGGGUAGAAAUACGGCCGGGCGGGCGGUGCCAGUCCUGGAGCCCAGCGGAGCCGAUCUGAGCCACGCCGAGCGGCGCCGAGCGAGGCGGCCGGAUCCCUGCGCACCCAUGCUGCUGACGCUGGCCUGGGGCUCACUCUUCUUCCCCGCGCUCUUCGCGCUCUGCACCUGGGGGCUACGCCGCGUGUGGCCCGAAUGGACCGACUUCGACUGCGUGAUGAUCAGCACCAGACUGGUUUCUUCAGUGCAGGCUGUGCUCGCCACCGGAUCAGGGAUCGUCAUCAUUCGCUCCUGCAGCAACGUGGUCACCGACAGAGGUUUAGGGGAGACCUUGGGGACUUCUUUGUUGGCUGCAUCUUCACGGCAGAACUGA